AUGCGGGAUGGCGACAUCGACUACUUCAAAAAAUACUACCGCAUGGUUCCCCAGCAGUUUGAUUUCCUGUUAAGUCUUGUUGGAAGGGACCUGCAAAGGCUUUAUUGCAUUAAGGAGCCCAUUUCAUCAGCGGAACGACUGGCCAUGACGCUCAUGUAUUUGUCUUCUGGAGACCUGAUUCAAGACAUUGCACUCCCCUUCCCAGUGGGCAUAUCCACUGCACGCCUGGCUGUCAGAGUCACAUGCAAGGCGCUGUGGCACAGGCUUCAGCCAAUAUACAUGCCCAAGCCAGACGCUGCUGCGUGGCUGCACACUGCUGAGGGGUUCUCUCGCACAUGGCAGUUCCCAAACUGCAUUGGUGCAGUUGAUGGAAAACACAUCCACAUCAAGCGGCCCAAGAACUCUGGCACCAUGUAUUUCAAUUAUAAGGGCACAUACUCCAUCGUCCUCCUUGCCAUAGUCGAUAAUGACUACAAGUUUUUGGUCGUGGAUAUUGGCGCCUAUGGCAAGCUGAGCGAUGGAGGAGUCCUCCACCAGUCGCAGUUUGGGCAGCGCUUGGAGCAAGGCCAGUUGCAGCUGCCGAGAAGCUUGGCCUUGCCAAACACCAUGCAGCAAGCUCCGUGUGUGUUUGUCGGGGACGAGGCUUUCCAGCUCCGGCCAGACUUCCUGAGGCCAUACCCUGGACGAGAGCUCGAAGACAGGAAACGGAUCUUCAACUACCGCCCUAGCAGAGCAAGGUGA